AUGCCGCAAGACUCGCUAUGGGGAGGACCGCAUCGAGUCCAUGAAUCCCGUACACCGCCGCCGCUCCCCUUCCGCUCCCGCGCCAGCUCCCGCCUCCGCCCCGCGCGUUCCCUCUCCCGCGCUCCCCCUGCUCCCGCGCGCUCCCUCUCCCGCGCUCCUUCUGCUCCCGCGCGCGCUUCCUCUCCCACGCUCAUCCUGCUCCCGCGCGCGCUCAUCUCCAGCGCGCGCCAGGGACCGUUAUACCCACCAGGAGAGUUCUCAAAUAUGCUGGAGUCAAACCCAUUUGCUAACCAUCCUAAUGCAACUGAAAAUUUACACUUCGUUGGUGCUGGAAUGAGUCGAUCUCCAGUUUCGCCGCAAUACAUGAGUGCUACAGGAACUCCCUCUCUAGCACAACAAACUGAUCAUAUGGUGGAUGAUUUAGAUGCAGAAGAAAAUGAAACAAACAACAUCCCUGAUGAUUCUAGAACUGACAAACGUUUGAAUUGGUCCGUCCCUGAAGACAUACGAUUGGCCAGUGCUUGGUUGCAUAAUUCAAAGGACCCAGUUGAUGGAAAUGAAAGGAAGGCAGAUGUUUAUUGGACAGAUGUUACUGAAGAAUACAACAAGACCACAGAAACUAGCCGUAAGAGGAACCGGGAUCAACUAAAAAUACGUUGGGAUCGUUCUAAAAAACCAUUAUCUGAUUUUCAUGGAUGCUGGGCAAAUGCCAGUAGAUGCUAG